AACUUUUAGUUGACCGACGGAACGACUUUCACUCAGAAGGUUGUUGUCAACGUCAAACUGAGCCUGCCGCCGAUUCCCGUGAUCAAUCUUCUACCCGUGACUACACCCUCCAACAUCCCGCUCAGACUAACGACAUCCCACCUCUCGGCCUCUGACGAAAGUGCCGCAUCUGGCCUCACCUGGACUGUCAACGGCUACUCGAAUGCAGCUGCUGGCACACUGGCUCGUCUCACAAACGGCUUUGGUACACCUUCCACUCUCAAAGCUACCAAGACCUUCCUUCAAAGUGAUGUCGACUCGGGGUUCAUCUACUUCAUCCCCGGCUUAACCUUUUUGGGAGGUGCGUCGAUCAAUGUGACGGUUGCGGACUCUAUCGGGCCUGCAGUGUCCAACACAAUCAUGGCGCUCAGCAUCACAAAUGACAUGGUGUAUGCCAGCGGCCCGGUCUUUUGGACUUGGCCACAGGAUGCGGCGCCGACUGUCUUGGUGCCUGCCAAUUUCAAGACCGGGAACCGAGCUGCGAACUUGACCACCGUCUCGUUGAAAGUCACCACAUUGACGGCUGGCUUUACCUUUCAGCAGCUCACAGCCGUCAACACCUGGUCCGAUUUGCGAGUCAAUUCGGUGUUUACGAUGAACGCAGUGGCGUUUGGGCAGAUCCGCCUAUCAACUAAAUCGGGAAUCGUAGGAAACGCCACACUUGCGUAUACUGUCACGAUACCUAGCACAGCCGCGAUGACAGGGACGCUCACGGUUUAUGCGAACGCAAGACCCAAAGUCGCAGCCGCACCCAUCGUGCAGCCUCAAAAGGCGGAUCGCCUAGUAUUAACUUCCGCGAUAUUGAACGCGACGGAUAUCGAGAGCAAAGCAAGCGACUUGACAUUCCACGUUGAAUCUGAUAUGGAAUGGGCCGGGGUGUCACUCCAGCUGCUUGCGAAUGGGGUCUGGAGCUCAACCACCAGCUUCACGCCGGCCGACAUCAGCAGCGGCUCCAUAUCGCUCAACUUUCUUGGUUCGGGUGCCGGCAGCGGCUCCAUCAUGCUUUCCGUUACGGACGGGUUGCAAACAGUUGGAACUGGAUGGUCCGUCUAUCAUGUGCAGGCACCCACGGUUUCUGCGUACCCGUUGAAGCUCCCUUACAACGGAACCGUCGCGAUUUCCCAAUCCUCUCUGUGGGUAACAAGCGGCUAUGCUUCCGCUCAAUCGCUGGUUUUCACCGUCACGGCCGUCCCCGAUCAAGGCUCGGUGGUGUUCAAGUCGGGCAAUGUCACGAGCGCGAUCGCUGUCGACGAUACCUUCACAGCGGCGGAUAUUGCCGAUGGGAAUCUGCAAUAUGUUGCAGCCCCGGCAUGGAACGGCACCACGACCUGGGCUGCAACCAUCACUGAUGGAUUGCAAAGCGUCCCGAUGUCGAUGACGUUCAUCACAAAUGCGCUACCGUACGCCGUUAAUUUGCCUGGCGCCGCCGUGAACUGCACCCGAAUGACCUCCGUGUCUCUGCAAGGGGUGUUUAGCUCGGCUGAUGUUGACGAUGAUUCCUCGUCUACGACGUAUAAGCUCGUGAGCGGCCUUGUGAAUGGAUGCGUCGAAAGAAAUAACGGGGCUAGCUGGGUGUGCGUUCAGCAAUGGACCCAGGCGGACGCUAAUGCCCAGAAGAUUCGGUAUUCGAGCAAAAACAAAGGGCUUGGGAUUGACCUUCUCACUUACCAACUUCGAGACGCAUACAACUUGAACCCAACGAAUUUCACACUCAAUAUACAAGUUCUGCCCGCACCAAUCGUCAUUGGAAAGGCCAGUGUGGUGGUGGCCGUUCCUGCGACGGGACCGGCAAAUGCCACCGGCCCUUUAACCUCGUCUGAUCUUCUAGUAACAUGCGUUGACACUGGCCCUGAUGAUCUGACCUUCAUCAUGAUGGACGACUCGAGUGCGAUCAAUUCCACAACGUAUAUGGAAGUUUUGCGAAACGGCUCGUGGACGACACUAUCGUAUCUGGCGCCCUUCACGCAGGCUGAAGUCAACGGUGGCAAGCUCAGAGUCAUGGCGGUCGGCAUCAACGAAACCAUUUACACCAUCCAACUUCAAGUGUCGAAUGGUGGGGCUCCGAAAAAUGUUACGCUGGUCGUUAAUUACCAUAUUCUUCCACAAGUCGCCAAAAAUACGGGAUUGCUCGUCAACUGGUAUUCGACGACGGCCAUAGCGUCCUCGCAAUUGAACUUAGUCUCGUUGACUGUUUCAAAUCCAAGCUCAUUGCGCUACACCAUUACCCGUGCUCCUGUUCUUGGAUCACUUUCGUCGUCGAGUUUUACGCAAGAUGACAUCAACAACCGUCGCGUUAGUUAUACGCAUAGUCGCUCGAAUAAGCCAGUUGGAAACGUGACGGAUUCAUUUGGGUUUAGUGUGACGGACGACAGAUCGAGCGCUUCAUUUCCAGGAGACUUUUUCAUUAAAUUCUACAAUGUCCCACCAAGCCCGGGAACUCUGUCAUAUAUGGCCCCGAUGCGUUGAAGUUCACGUUGACAAGCCUGCCAACCGUUGGAGCACUUUCGGUUGGGGGCCUACUGCUAGGGGCAAACGACUCAUGGGUCAUGUCAGAUUUUGGGACUCGCCUCCAGCUCAUCGGCUUGCCGUAUGAGAACCUAACCAUAUUCUCUUCGACAUUCAAUUACACGGUUUACGAUGGCGCAAACCCCGCCGUCUUAGGAUCCGCGAAUCUGACAUUCAUACCGCCGCCUAUUAUCA